UGGAAGAAAGUUACCAGCCGAGGGCGGGGCGGAGCCGAGUCGCGACCGGGCCGGGGCCGGGGCCGAGAGAAACGGGUGCUGCGUGCGGGGCCGUCCGGGGCUGGAGAUUUGCUGGGAAAAUAAUGAAAUAAAAUAUGGAGUUUUCUAUACUGGAAUAUAUUUCAUGGACCAUGGGGGAGAGAGCCUAUGCUGUUAAAAGGAAAAGGAAGACUCAAGGAAAUGAGAGAACAGCAAUAUAAUACCAGACAAGAAUUUUCUAUUUUUGUAAUGUAUUAAGGCCAUAGCAUUUAAGAAUUCUUUCCCAAUUCAUGUUUUGCAGUAAUACUUUGUUUCAAAGACAUCCCUAGAAGAAAAAGUCAGAUACUGGGUGACAUGCUCAGCAAGAACUUUCAUUCUAACAAAGAUGGACUUUCAGAAUAUCUUAAUUUUAACAGGACAUCAUUAGUUUUAUGGGUUUUUCAUUCUUUUGUAACUUUGGAGACUAAAAAAACUUUUUGUGGGGUUACAAAUCUAGUUGACAGACUGUUCCCGAUAAAUAGCCAACAGCUGCAGAAGACAAACUCUUUAAGUGGAUGCCUUUGUACUAUCUGAACAGAAUGCCAUGACUUUAAGGCACUUCUCAUAAGUUCUUCUUUGCCUUAUACUUGUCAUAUCCUUAAAAAUAUUAAAAGUGCAAAGAGCUUGAUUUUUAUAUACAUUUUAAAAAAAAUAAUGGCGUGGGCAAAGUUCUUGCGGAAGCCUGCGGGUAACCUUGGAAAAGUGUAUCAGCCUGGAAGUAUGUUGUCCUUGGCCCCUACCAAAGGCUUGUUAAAUGAGCCAGGACAAAAUAGUUGCUUUCUAAACAGUGCUGUACAGGUUUUAUGGCAGCUUGACAUAUUCCGACGGAGCUUAAGAGGUCUAACUGGACAUAUCUGUCAGGGAGAUGCCUGCAUAUUUUGUGCUUUAAAGACAAUAUUUGCACAGUUUCAACACAGUCGAGAAAAGGCACUCCCAUCAGAUAAUAUGAGGCAUGCCUUGGCUGAAAGCUUUAAAGAUGAACAUCGUUUUCAGCUUGGCUUAAUGGAUGAUGCAGCAGAAUGCUUUGAAAAUAUACUUGAGAGAAUUCAUUUCCACAUUGUGCCAAGCUGUGAAACAGACAUGUGCACUUCUAAAUCCUGCAUCACUCAUCAGAAGUUUGCUAUGACACUAUAUGAACAGUGUGUAUGUCGUAGUUGUGGGGCGUCAUCAGAUCCCUUGCCUUUUACAGAAUUUGUGCGCUACAUUUCUACAACAGCCCUGUGCAAUGAAGUUGACAGAAUGAUGGAAAGGCAUGAGCGUCUCAAGCCAGAAAUGUUUGCAGAAUUGCUACAGGCAGCAAAUACUACUGAUGACUUCAGGAAGUGCCCUAGUAACUGUGGUCAAAAAAUAAAAAUCCGUCGUGUUCUCAUGAACUGCCCUGAGAUUGUGACAAUCGGUUUAGUUUGGGAUUCAGAACAUUCUGACCUGACCGAAGAUGUCAUGAAGAAUCUGGCAACACAACUUUAUCUUCCUGGGCUGUUCUAUAGGGUUACAGAUGAACAGGCCAAGAAUAGUGAACUUUUUCUUGUGGGGAUGAUUUGCUACACGAGUCGACAUUACUGUGCCUUUGCCUUUCAUACCAAGAGUUGCAAGUGGGUACUGUUUGAUGAUGCUAAUGUGAAAGAGGUUGGAACAAAAUGGAAAGAUGUGGUCUCCAAGUGCAUUCGAUGUCACUUUCAGCCAUUGCUGCUAUUUUAUGCUAACCCAGAUGGUACACCAGUAUCGACAGAAGAUGCCCCAAAGCAUAUAAUUCACUGGUCUCAUUACAAAGCAGCUGCAGGAGAUGACUUGGGAUUUGAGAAGUCAUCCGUUCCAAAGUCAGAUCACACAAAAGAGAAUGGAUUUGGAGAAUGUGCUAGUCAGAAGAGCAUUAAAAAAUUUGAGACCAACAAUUCAGCCUUCAGUAGAAGCCAUAUUCUAGCAAGUGGUGGUAGAGUGCCAGUUAAGUUGGGGCACAGUGAUCAGAAGGACAAAUUAAAGGACAUCUCCAAAGAGUGUGCCCAGAAGGCAGUUGACAUGAGAAACUUUUCAUCCUACCUAAGAAAAGAUGCAGAUAGAGGAUCAAGAAGAGACUCUGGGAGACAAAGAGAUCUAAUAGGAGAAGACCGCUCUCAUUUUAAGUCAGGAUCACCUCCUGCUGGAAAUGGAUUUAGACACUACACUGAUCAGCGCCUAUAUGGUAGCCAGGGAAGAGGACCUUACAAACAUGAAAGAGUACCAAACCAAACCAGGCCUACUGCACAGGUCUUAGGGUCAAAUAAAAGAGAGGUUUUUCCUGCUGGGGAGAAAAUGAUGAGCAGGGUUAGGGCUGACAGUGCCACUGGCUAUGAUACAGACAGCAGCCAAGACUCUAGGGACAAAGGAAGUAUCAGCAGAAGCAGAAACAGAGGUUGGAAACCUAUGCGAGAGACACUAAAUGUGGACAGCAUUUUCAGUGAGACUGAGAAGAAGCAGCAUAGCCCACAACAUAAGGCAAAUCCAAGCAGUAAACCUAAACAUGAAAAGGAGCAGAGAUUUAACAAUUGGCCAAAAGAGAACCAAACCCAGAAAGGGUUAAUGACUAUUUAUGAAGAUGAAACAAAACAGGAGACAGGAAGUAGGAGUUCCUUGGAUUCAGAAGGAAAAGGAAAUACUGAGAAAAUUAAAGGAUUUACAGAGAGAAAAGUCCAUGCUGACAGUUGGCAGAUGCAAAGGACUGAGUCUGGGUACGAAAGUAGUGAUCAUAUCAGCAAUGAAUCUGCCAAUCUGGAUUCACCUAUUGUUGAAGGAACUAGCCCACUGGACAUCAAGGGUAUUAAAGAAAGUGUUUCCUGCAGUGACCAGAAUCUGUCGAUCAAAUAUGCUAAAAGUGUGUUGCAGUCUACCUCCCAGCAGACCAGAAACUAUUUUGAUGACUUGAGGAAAGACCAAAUGAAUAUGGAAGCUAAUUACAGACCACACACUAACUUUCCUUCAGAAGCUCAAUUGCAGAUGCACAGUCCUCCACUGAAGAGAGCAGAGAUGCCACACAAGAAAAUAUUCCCUUCAUCGACUCUACAGCCAAAUUUUAAGGACCAUGUUAAGAGAGAAACAAAGAUCAGCAAGUUAAAUGAACAGAACUCUUCAGAGUGGCUUAAUCCAGAUAAAUUUGAGAAGAUCAGUAUGCCAGUGUACAGUGCUGAAAGCUCAGCCCACCCUUAUAACACUGAACUCUCAGUUGUGUGUGGAAAGAGAGUGAACAACAAUGAAUUUCUCUCAUCCUCUCCGCUGCAGUCUCCUCAUACAAGAACUCUUGGAUCAAAGUCAGGGCUUGCAUCUUUAGUUCAGCAGAAUCUGUUAGAACAGUCCCAUACGGAGUUGUCCUCAUCUGGUGAAUGUGCUGUUCAGUCAUUUGGUAGGACUAAUAAUCUUCAGAUUCCAGAAGUAAUUUACCAAAAUCUUCCACCUCCUUUACCUCCAAAGAAAUAUACUCUGAAUGUUUCGCUAGGAUCAAAAAAUGAAUCUACAGCUGAUGUAACAUUGCCAGAAGUGUUGCAGAGUAAUCUUUCAGGUUUUGAAAGGCAAACAGCUAUCGCUUCAAAAUCUGCAUCAGAAGGUGCAUUUACAAAUGAAGAAAGAUUUAAAGAAACAUUUCAAGGGAAUGAUCACACCAUUCACAAACUGGAUACCACACCUAGGUCAUCAGUUAAUGACUGUCAGACUGUAUCUGGCAGUAUAUGUAAUAAAGGAUCUCAGCACACAGGACCAAGUGUUAGCUCUCCUGAUGCAAAUGAUAGUGUAUCUCUAACAACCUAUUUUUCAGUAGAUAGCUGCAUGACAGAUACAUACAGGAUGAAAUACCAUCAGAGACCCAAGCUGUAUUUUGCAGACAGUAGCUUCCACAAAGAUAAGCAUCUACCACCAACUGGAAUAGACCUGGGCAUCGUAUACCCUGGUAUUCUUGAUUCUAGUCAUCCCACAUCUGAACAGAGAUACAAACCUAGCAUAGAAGGAAUACAUUGCAACAGGUAGAUUGUCAAAUCCAUUUUCCUAUGCAUUUCACAUGGUCUGCUUAUGGGGCAGGAAGCAUGGACUCCUCAAUGUGUGGUGACAGGUAUCCAGAGCUCAAAAGCUUGUUGACCAACAGAAGUUGGUCCAAUAAAAUAUAUUACCUCACCCACUUUGUGUCUCGGACAUAGCUACAACACUGCAUACUUAGGUAUCCUGUCGGCUAUGCUUUUAAGAGAUAUGACUGUUUAAAUGAUUCUUCAAAUCUGGGUGAGCAGGGGAAAAGGUGCUAAAGUUUUGGCCAUGGAUUUGUCAUUUUUCUUGCCUUAACAAUGUUUACCUCCAUGUGAUGAUGCUGAAUAAGUUUGUAAGUCUGUUACAAAUAGCCCCCUUAAGUGUGUGCUUUUAAUUAAUACCUAGGUAGAUCAGUCAGCAUAUGAGAUUAACUAAAUAAAAAGUUGUUCAUUUUACUGGAGAACUUAAUACACUUGUGGCUUAGUGCUCAUAGACUGAAAAAAGGUGUAAAUUAACCUGUAAUCCUUUAAACUAGCUAGCGAUAUGCUGAUAAACACAGUACCAUACAUGGCAUGGUACAUAGAACAAUAUCUGCUUUAUGAAACCAUUGUUCCUAAUGAGUAACAAUGUGUUACCUAUUUCUUCAUCUGACUUCUGUGAAAGUCUAACUUAAUUUCCUUUAAGUGUCUUUUUUUAAUGCAAGUUUACCCAGAGAAUUGGAUUUUUAGUACUCAAAAUGAUGCCUUAAUGAGUGAUUUUACAAAUUAGUGUAGCCUACGUGAACUACAAACAGAACUUUACAAGGGAAUUGAGAUUUUUUUAAAACUAUCCUAAAACUCCAGUUCCCUAAUUUGUACACUUUUUUUAUCCAACUGUUGUUUGCUCCUUAACUUAAAUUCUAGUCAGUGUUCCACAAGCAAAGCCGUGAUAAUUUAACUUAUUACUGAAAUUUAAUUUAGCUAUGUAAGCUACAAAUUAAUAUAGUAGUCUGCAAUGUGCUGUAGAAACAAAUAUAUUUUAGGAUAUGAAGUUGUCACAUAGCUACAACAGAUUAAUUUAAGAAGCAGUACAUUUACAUUCAAGACCUUAUUCUUCAGGUCAGAUUGCAUACAGCUGCAAAAUCAAAUUCAACCCUACUAUGUACUUGUCUGUCUUUUCACCUUCCCUCUUGAAAAUACACCACUGUGGUUCACAUAAACCUGAGCAAAUUUAUGGGAUCAGUCAGUUUGACUUACUGUUACAGAACUUUGUCCCCAGCUAGCAGUCUCCCACUCCAAAACAUUUCUAGACUGUAUUUUCAAUGAAUGGGUAAAUUUACAUCCCCUUUGGAUAGGCUUUUAAUUGAAUCUGCACUCUUUAGGGAGGUUCAGAAUUCAGCUUCACUGUAAUCCGUUAAUGCUUUGUACCAUUUGUUGGCCAUUGAAAUAACUAAUGUAACUUGUAAUGAACGCUACCAAAGCAGGACUGUGUAGAAUGAGUAGUUGAAGCUCAUGGCUUUCCUUAAAUGUAAAGGAAAGUGCUUAGAUUUUUAAAAUUGGGUGGUACUGAUUACAGUUAAGUGUAAAAUGCCUUUUAGUUCUGAGCUUAAUGCUAUAUAUGUAUGUUAUACUUGCCGUAUGGUCAAACAGGUUUAAAUGUUUUUUGUAAAUUAUGUGAAUUACAGUGCUUCAACCAAAUGGUGACAGUCAUGACAGUCAUGGGUGUAUAUUAAGUUAUCCAAAAUAUAAAACAGAAGCUGUGGUUACUUUGGCAAUGUCCUAAGAUUUGUCAUUUUUAAUAUAAUGCAAACAUGAUAUGCCUCAGACUAAAUAUCUCAAACUAGUCCCUUUAUACUUUUCAGUCACCAAGUAGCAUUUGAAAGAAUUAAUUCUGGAAUUGAUAUUGUUACAUCUAAAGCAAAUACAUUCAGUAUGUAUGGAUAUGAAUGCAAGUGAAAUUGAACCUACUGAAAUCCUUACAUUAUGUAUAGGGGAUAAAAUUGGGUGGGGAGAAAGAACUUGAUUUAAAAACACUUGGAUGUGUGACAGCAUGGAAGAUUCCCACUGUUAAUCUUUUUGUUUAAAAAUAGCUUUUAAAAAUGAAUUUUGAAUCCAUAUCAGAUAGGCAUUACUUAAUGUACACAGUUAAUUAAAAUUACAUCUUUAAAAAACGUAUAGUACUAGAACUUGUCAAGCUUUUCCAGAAAUCUUGUACACCUCUACCCCAAUAUGUGACCAGAUAUAACGCAGUAAAGCAGCGCACGAGGGGGGCAGGGUUGCGCGCUCCGGCAGAUCAAAGCGAGUUCUAUAUAACGUGGUAAGACUUUUUUUGGCUCCUGAGGACCACGUUAUAUUGGGGUUGAGGUGUAUUUGAAAUUGCGGUAUUUUAAUGUAUAAAAAGCACAGCAACAACACUGAAUACUAUACAAGAGCAAACAGUCAUACUUCUAUACAAAGGAACAAUGUGAAUGCCUAUUAGUAAUACAAAAAGUGAAUUUGGUUUCCAGAAAGCUAGUGAGCAUAAUUGGUGAGUUUAUUCAAGACUAGCUGCUUAGGUUCUUCUGGGGUUCUGAAAUGCAGCAAUCUUCAUUGAAGUCACUUAGAUGAACAUUGAUCUUUCUUUGCUUGGAGCUGUCUUUCCAGGCAAAACCUUUUGUAUAUGACCUGUUUACCAGAUAAGUUAUAUGUGCACUAUUAUAUAAAUGACAGCUUCACCUUUUAUAUUUACAGGUCCUAUGUUUAUUUAAUAUUUGUUAACUAAUGUAUGAUCUGACAUUGAUUUAGCUAGAGUGCCUAUUUAUUUUUUAUAAAUGUCCUGGUUAUAGAUUUGUAUAACAGACAUUUUGUAAUGUUUUAAUGCAUUUAACAGGUAUUGUAAUAUAUUUUUCAGUCUUUAGAAUUUUAUUUUCAUGCAAAGUUGCAUUUUUCUGCAUGUUCAGACUAUUAGAUUAAAAACUAACUACUUUUGUGGCUAC